CAACCAUGGGGUGCAUUAAAAGCAAAGAAGAUAAAGGUCCAGCCAUGAAAUACAGAACUGAUAAUACUCCAGAACCUGUUAUUUCGCACGUCAGCCAUUAUGGAUCAGACUCCAGCCAAGCAACACAGUCUCCGUCAAUAAAGGGAUCAGCAGUUAAUUUUAAUAGUCACUCCAUGACUCCUUUUGGAGGGCCCUCAGGAAUGACACCCUUUGGAGGAGCAUCAUCUUCCUUUUCAGCUGUGCCAAGUCCAUAUCCUAGUACUUUAACAGGUGGUGUUACUGUAUUUGUGGCCUUAUAUGAUUAUGAAGCUAGAACUACAGAUGACCUUUCAUUUAAGAAAGGUGAACGGUUCCAGAUAAUAAAUAACACGGAAGGAGACUGGUGGGAAGCAAGAUCCAUUGCUACGGGAAAAACAGGCUACAUCCCAAGUAAUUAUGUAGCUCCUGCAGACUCCAUUCAAGCAGAAGAGUGGUAUUUUGGUAAGAUGGGCAGGAAGGAUGCAGAAAGGCUACUUUUAAAUCCUGGGAACCAGCGUGGUAUUUUCUUAGUGAGAGAGAGUGAAACCACUAAAGGUGCUUACUCCCUUUCCAUACGUGACUGGGAUGAGGUCAGGGGUGAUAAUGUGAAACACUACAAAAUCAGAAAACUUGACAAUGGUGGAUACUAUAUCACAACUAGAGCACAAUUUGAAUCUCUACAGAAAUUGGUGAAACACUACAGAGAACAUGCUGAUGGGCUGUGUCAUAAACUAACAACUGUGUGUCCCACUGUGAAACCACAAACACAGGGACUAGCAAAAGAUGCCUGGGAAAUUCCUAGAGAAUCUUUGAGGCUGGAAGUUAAGUUGGGCCAAGGAUGUUUCGGUGAAGUAUGGAUGGGAACAUGGAAUGGAACCACAAAAGUAGCAAUCAAGACACUAAAACCUGGUACAAUGAUGCCAGAAGCUUUCCUGCAGGAGGCUCAGAUCAUGAAGAAAUUGCGACAUGACAAGCUUGUUCCACUAUACGCCGUUGUUUCUGAGGAACCAAUCUACAUUGUCACUGAAUUCAUGACAAAAGGCAGCUUGCUAGACUUCCUUAAAGAAGGAGAAGGGAAAUACUUAAAACUCCCACAGCUGGUCGACAUGGCUGCUCAGAUUGCUGAUGGCAUGGCUUACAUUGAAAGAAUGAACUACAUCCACAGGGAUCUCCGGGCAGCUAACAUUCUUGUAGGAGACAAUCUUGUGUGUAAAAUAGCAGACUUUGGUUUAGCAAGGUUAAUAGAAGACAAUGAGUAUACUGCAAGACAAGGAGCUAAAUUUCCAAUUAAAUGGACCGCUCCAGAAGCAGCAUUGUAUGGUCGGUUUACAAUCAAGUCGGAUGUGUGGUCAUUUGGAAUUUUACUGACAGAGCUGGUAACAAAGGGGAGAGUGCCAUAUCCAGGGAUGGUGAAUCGGGAAGUUCUGGAACAAGUGGAACGUGGAUAUAGGAUGCCUUGCCCACAAGGCUGCCCAGAGUCUCUCCAUGAGUUAAUGAAACUGUGUUGGAAGAAGGACCCUGAUGAAAGACCAACAUUUGAGUAUAUACAGUCUUUCUUGGAGGACUACUUUACUGCUACAGAACCACAGUACCAGCCUGGAGACAAUUUAUAAGCCAACAGUCUGUAUAAUAUGCACAAAUCUGCCAAAUGUAAAAGACUUGCAAAGAAUUCCUGACGUCUGUAAGGAAUCAAAGGAAAGAAAAUCUUC